AUGGCUGCUGUCUUCGUACCGCCGUCGCCCCAGACCUCUAUGAACAUGUCGACCCGUCGUCCACUCGCCAACGUGCCGAAUGCAACCAAUUCCCCUCACAGGACCGGACUCGUGCCGGCCAAACGAGUUCGGUCCAAUCAGCUCGAGACGUCUUACGGCCAGCCACCCCCGAAGAAGCAGGUGAUGGAAGCGGCGGAAAACGGUGCUCGUUCACCUACACAAAAUCGAUCGUCGGUAGUUCAGGGAACCGACUCGAAGCUCUUCGCCAGACGGCCUAACAAUGCCAACCCAAGUGCUUUUGAGAAGAAGCUUGUUGCUGCUCGCGACAAGGAACGCCAGCCACAAGUAAAAACCGUGAAGGGCGAGAAGCCAUCUGCUGAUACCUUGGAUACCAUUCGUCAAUGGCAACGCCACUACCGCAAGGCUUUCCCGCAGUUUGUUUUCUACUUCGAUAGUAUUCCUGACGAUGUUCGCCGCAAGUUUUCUCGUCAGGUCAUUGCCCUUGGAGCUCGUGAGGAGAAAUUCUUCUCCCGUCUAGUUACUCACGUUGUCACAUCGCGUCCUAUCCCUGCUGGAAUUCCUGCCACAAGUCCGACCGAAUUGGAGGCCUCCAAUGGCGCCAACGGCGAUGCUCAUGUGCAAACCGUCAACCCUUCAUUACUUGAAAAGAACACUAAUUCACACCUUUCGAAACAUGAUCCCCGUCACGACCAAGGAAGCAUGGAUGUCCUACAACGAGCUCGGCAGAUGAACAUGAAAAUUUGGGCCUUGGAGAAGCUACAACGCAUGAUCACCACGAUCAAUGAUGACGAUAUCGGUGGCCAGAAUAAUGAUGCUGUCAGAAGCAAGAACGCAGAUCCAACUAAAUCCAAAGGUUGGGCUGGACUAACUCCCCUUGAUCGCGCCCUCAUGCAAGAGCGGUUGAACGGACCUUCAGAUCGUGACCUGUUCUCAUCGAUGGAGAUGAUUGUCUUCAAGGGCCCCUUCCUCUACAUCCACGACAUGAAUGAAAAGACGAAGCCUGUCAUGGUUCGAGAAUAUCCCCGAGUUACCAAGCGUCAGGACGGAGCUUGGCCACAGUUCAGAAGCGCCCCGUUGGGCAAAUGCCCCUUCGUUGAUGAACCUCCAAGCAGAAAGGAAUACGACAGACACCGCAUGCGUCAGGCACAGAAAGAGAAGAAGGCGUCAGCAGCCAAGGCUGAGCCUCGUGCGAAGGUUUCCCAGACCGCUGUGGAACAGAAGCCCGAUACCAAAGUCGACGCAGAACCCACCAAUACUAAGCGUGAAGAGGAUAAAGAAUCUUCAAUGAAAGCGGAAAUCCCUUCAAAGCCCUUGCUAGACGAGACCCACGAACGCAAAAGCUCAGAAAGCUUCAUUCCACCACACUUUCCCCGGUCUGGCCCCUUCUAUACUGGUCGCGAACCUGCAGCGUCCGGUGUACAGCCAUCUAACGUCACAUCCGCCAUUCGAUCUCAGAUGAUCUCGUCCACUGCUGCUGCCCCAGGCGCAAAAGCAGGUCUGAGCAAAGAGGUCCAUGGCUUGAAGAGAAAGGUCCUUGAGAGGGGCACAGGCAGCAUUGCAAACGGAAACGGAUCUAUGGCUGCCCCCGAGCGUCCCAAUGGAUUGGCGAUGCAUCUCAAAUCUCAAAACAACCCCAAUACCAAAUCAAAGGCACCAGAGGCUCGUCACACUCCAGAGGAAGACUCUAAUCCAGGAGAAAGUGCCGGCAUGAAACGCCGUCGGGCUGACAGCCGCGAAAGCGAACCGAAGAAACCGGAACGGCGCAGGGAUCCGAAGCCAGGGUACUGCGAAAACUGCAGGGACAAAUUCGACGACUUCGAGGAGCAUACCUUGACACGAAAGCACCGCCGAUUCGCCCAAAAUGCCGCUAAUUGGGCAGACCUAGACGCCCUGCUUUUCGAGAUCCAACGACCUCUCAAAGAAGAGUACGGAUAUGAUAGGUGA